AGUUCGAUACUGUUGGCAUAACCUGACUUUUAGUUUAUCAGUCGGCAAAAUUUAGAUCAUUUUACGUUAAAAAAAAAAUUAAUUAAAGAAAAAUGUUUGUCAACCGAUUCGUAAAGUAUUUGGCAACCGAAAAGGGUCGCACCUUAACGCUGAACACCGUAGUCGCUGCGGGAGUGACAACGUUUUGCGUAAACUACGUACCGAACACAAUACUGGUGGACAAAUUCAAGAGCUUACUGAUGGCAUACAAGCAAGGAGAUGAGCGAGAGGUUCCGGAACAAUUGCAACGCAGAUUCGGAUAUGCAAUGGAUCUGUGUAAAUGUACCGAUUACGAGAAGAACUUCUUGGAGUCGUUCAUGACAUUCGGCUUUGAUACGAUGGAAAUUGGCUCAACAAAAUCACGAUUCGGAGCCCACAUUGGUAUCCCAACGAACUAUCUCUACGACAAAAUUGGUGACAUUGAGCGACCUGAUAUAAGAGUGCGAGACAAGGAAAUUAAGUGGAGUUCAGAGGACGGAAUCACUCUACAAAAUUCGUUAGUACUGACUGAAACAGAACAAGUAUUUGGACUCGCAAGAUCUAUACUGAUGGUCAAAUCGCAUAAACUGCUCCUGGAAUCGUUCUAUCCGCCAGUGUGUAUAAUGGGAAUUUAUGGUGUUGGCCACUACAUUAAUCAAAAGAUGAGACUUCACGGUAGACCUUUGGGUAUGCGACUGUGUCUGUACACAAUAUUGAGUUUGUUUGGCUACGGACUUUACUCUUUCAUGAAGGAUUUCACGCAGGUUUAUUAUGAAACCAGUGCGGAUAAGAAACUGGCUGCAAUAGCACCGGAAUUCAUCGACGCUGGAAUCACAUUCUACGAUAAAUUGUUGAAAAAGAAUGUGGCGCUUCGUAAUCUGAUCGGAGAAAAUAUUUACUCGGCCUCGGGCAACGAAAACUUUUUCCUGCGACAGAAAAGCCUUCCGCUGACGAUUAGAAAGUCAUUUUUUGAAUUGAAAAAGAAAGAAUUAGAGGAAGCGGCUAGUGCCACACCUGCCACACCGACAACGUCUGCGUCGUAAGGAUGUUGAACGUUUUACGAAUGAAUCAAAGUGGAAAUUAUGCUAUGUUAGAAGCACCAUGCUAGCAAAUAAAUGUUUGUUUUACACGCUCGAA